ACAGUUAACUAUUAUUGUCCCAGCCUAAUACAUUUGUACAAACUAUCAAGAGUCAUGGAGAAGUUGCUUGUAAAUGUAAAAAAAUGGGUAGAGGAAAACCGAGAUGCUUUUCUGCCUCCAGUAUGCAAUAAGCUUAUGCACCGCCGUCAGCUCAAUAUAAUGUUUGUUGGGGGACCAAACCAAAGGAAAGAUUAUCACAUUGAAGAAGGAGAAGAGUUGUUCUACCAGCUGGAAGGAGAUAUGUGCCUGAAGAUAAUAGAAAAUGGGAAACACAAGGACAUUUACAUUAAAGAAGGCGAGAUGUUCCUCUUACCGGCAAGGAUCCCACAUUCACCUCAAAGAUACGCCAAUACGGUGGGACUGGUUGUUGAGAGGAAAAGACUACAGACAGAAACCGACGGGCUCAGAUACUAUGUUGGAGAAUCUACUGAUGUCCUUUUUGAAAGAUGGUUUUACUGCGAUGACCUCGGAACGCAGCUUGGUCCAUUGAUCCAAGAGUUUUUCAACUCAAAGCAGUAUCAAACUGGAAAACCCAAUCCAGAUGAACUUAUGAAAGAAAUUCCUUUCCCACUCAAUGAUGCCAGGGUCAUGGAUCCCUUCUCCUUGAAAGACUGGCUGAAAGAUCAUCAGAAAGAUAUAGCUGAGAAGAAAUCCUGGAGACUUUUUGGAGGCAACUUUGAAACUGAGAAAUCUAUUAGUCCGCAGGAGGCGGUUGAUUUUGAAGCAAGGUCAGAAGAGAAGGUGCAGGUUAUAAUUUUUGGAUCAGGAAUAACCAAAGAGGGAGGAAAGAAUGCAGAUAUAUGGAUAUGGCAGAUGGAAGGCACAUCUCUCGUUACCUUUGACAGUAGAACCCUGAGCCUGGCAGCUGGAGACAGCCUCCUUGUUCCUGCACAGACUAAGUUUCAGUGGACAAGAGCCGAAGGAUCCAUUGCUCUUUACGUUGUUCAAGAUCCAAUGCAAAAAAGACCAUACGCCUGAGCUCAGCUCCCCAACAGUCCCAACUAGACUGAUUCACAAAAUUCCAUUGAAAAGGUUAAUGUUGUAAUUUUGCAAAAUGAGGCCAAUUAAAUCUGGAACGGACAAAUAUGGCAUGAAUCCACGAUGAACGGGCAUCACCCUCCCAAGCUAGGCAGAGAUCAGUGUCUGCUGGCCAGCAGAACUCCCUCUUGGCUACUCUCCAUGAGGCAUCUAUUCUGUGCUUGUGAUUACUCGCUGUGGCUUGGGGUUGCUUUAUACAACGGCACCAUCCUCCAGGGCCUUUUCUGCGCUUCCCAAGCAUUUCUGAUACGUUAUUUAGAGUGAAGUGGAAUUUCCAGUGCAGAACAAACCAGAAUGAAAGGCUCAUUUACUGUUGCAGUUCCUCUAUACUGCAGUGUCAUCUUGUAGAUGUGCAGUGGAAUGUACAGAAAGGUGGAAAAUGGAACCUCUCAAAAGAAGAACCUGUGUGAUCCUCAUCUCACAAAGAAUCUGGAAACAGGAGACAUGGUGAAGUGAUGCAUUUAAAGGCGCCUAUAGAAAAGCCCCGGGGUCAGAAGGAAACUUCCCUUGGCACUUGCCAAGACUUACAAGGAGCACACUGUAAACUCCCAGCAAGUUGUGGUCCUUCUACUGCCUGCGAUGAACAAAAGACCAGAAGUAGAGCAAUGUCCCUCCCUAGCCUUGUGCUCUCUCUCCUUCUGGGUGGCUUUUCAGAUUGAGGCCAGAGGCAGAGAGCAAAUGAAUGGGACAAGAGCAGGAAGCAGCCCACCCACUCAGGUCGUCCCUGCAAGCUCCUUCACACCCCC